AAGCUCCAAGACCGCCCAAAGAUAAUCCGUAGCCAUUUUGGCUCAAGUGUUCUGGCUCACAGAGCAUCCAGCAACCUUCACUUGCUUCCUGGAAACUAGGUUUCCCACUUCUGCAACAUACUCGUCUACCUCUUUUGGCCAAGGCAAGCUGUCGGGAUGGCGGCAUCCCAGAAGGCAUCAUGGGCCGCUUUCCUGGUGGUGGUGCUCGCUCCCUCGACGCGCGCCCUUCGUCUCCGAGACGGCGAGUCUGAGGCUGCUGCCGGCGUGACUACCGCAACCGCCACGUGCACAUCUGCCUGGACCAACUUCCCCGCCCCGGAAAUGGGGCCUUGCUCGAAUGAAUAUGAAUGGUGCGGGUGGAUUCCGAACGCCCCUGUAUGGUCUACUACAACGACGCUCAGCGGAUCGGGAACUGCUACAGUCGUCUUCGGCAAUCCAGUCCUUGGACACGGACGUGUUAAUCUGUAUUUGAAUGGAAACCUCAUCAGGUCGUUGGCGCAGGGCGAAAAGGCAACAGAGAAUGUUGCUUUCCAGGACGGUGACAUCUUGGGCCUCGACGAGACCAAUACCGGUAUCAUCGCUUUGGGAUCAGUCACCUGCACUCAGGCGCCGACGCCCAGCCCGACGGCCUCCCCGACGCCCAACCCGACGCCCAGCCCGACGGCCAGCCCGACGCCCAGCCCGACGCCCAGCCCGACGCCCAGCCCGACGACGUUCUGGACUGGACACCUUGCGAUGUGUGGCGGGCAUGCGUGUGUGGCUCGCAAGAGCGACGGCACGGUUGUUGCAUGGGGAGACAGCUCUAAAGGCGGUGACGCUCCCGGUGGUCUCACCAAUGUAGCGUCUGCGAUGUGUGGCUGGGAGGCGUGUGUGGCUCGCAAGAACGACGGCACGGUUGUUGCAUGGGGAACCAGCGGUCGUGGCGGUAACGCUCCCGGUGGUCUCACCAAUGUAGCGGAUGCGAUGUGUGGCGGGAGCGCGUGUGUGGCUCGCAAACACGACGGAACGGUUGUUGCAUGGGGACGCGACUGUUGUGGCGGUGACACUAGCGGUGUCGAUCUCACCAAUGUAGCGGAUGCGAUGUGUGGCAUGUGGGUGUGUAUUGCUCGCAGGAACGACGGCACGGUUGUUGCAUGGGGAACGAGCCAAUAUGGCGGUAACGCUCCCGGUGGUCUCACCAAUGUAGUGGAUGCGAUGUGUGGCCACAGAGCGUGUGUGGUUCGCAAGAACGACGGCACGGUUGUUGCAUGGGGAGACAGCGGUAAUGGCGAUAACGCUCCCGGUGGUCUCACCAAUGUAGUGGAUGCGAUGUGUGGCGGGUGGGCGUGUGUGGCUCGCAAGAACGACGGCACGGUUGUUGCAUGGGGACGCUACUGUUGUGGCGGUGACACUAGCGGUGUCGAUCUCACCAAUGUAGCGGAUGCGAUGUGUGGCACGAGCGCGUGUGUGGCUCGCAAGAACGACGGCACGGUUGUUGUAUGGGGAGAGAGCGGUCGUGGCGGUAACGCUCCCGGUGGUCUCACCAAUGUCGUGGAUGCGAUGUGUGGGGACGGUGCGUGUGUGGCUCGCAACAACGACGGCACGGUUGUUGCAUGGGGAGCCAGCGGUAAUGGCGGUAUCGCUCCCAGUGGUCUCACCAAUGUAGCGGAUGCGAUGUGUGGCCACAAAGCGUGUGUGGCUCGCAAGAACGACGGCACGGCUGUUGCAUGGGGAGACAACGCUGUGGGCGGUGACACUAGCGGUGUCGAUCUCACCAAUAUUCAGGUGCCGACGCCGGCGCCAACCCCGGCUGCGGCAUCUGCCACUGGCGAUCCGCAUUUGGUGAACAUCCACGGGGAACGUUUCGACUUGAUGAAGCCUGGGAAGGUCGUGCUGGUGCAGAUCCUGCGUGGAAGCUCUGCCGACGACUCGCUUCUGACCGUCGAGGCAGACGCGCGCCAGCUUGGUGGUUCCUGCGCGGACAUGUAUUUCCGGAUGCUCAACAUCACAGGGGCAUGGGCGGACAAGGUGCGUGCCGGCGGGAUCACCUUCACCACCAGGGAGGCGCGCGAGGGGACGUUCCAGAUAUCGAGCUGGACGAAGUUUGGCCCCCUGGAACUAAAAGUCGCGCACGGCCACACGCACGAGGGCAUCAAGUACUUGAAUUUCUACGUCAAGCACUUGGGACUUGCCGGCGCCGUUGUCGGAGGAUUACUUGGAGAAGAUGAUCACGUCGACGCGGCUACGCCAGGGGAGGGCUGCAAGAAGACAAUGGCGCUGUCGAAAGGCUCCUCAUCGGAUGCGAUCGCCUCCGAGGCGAUCGGUCUCAUGUAGUCAACGAGCAGAACAAGGUGUGAGGAUGACAGCGGUAUUUAACAGCAUCUUGCCCUGCAAAUUGUACGGGAUCUUGUAGAUAACACACUUGCGAAGCGGCAUGAAUCAGUUAUGCGUGUGCCUGUCCGAUCUGGCCACGUAUCUGUUUCAGCAUGAGUGUACAUGCCCGAUAUUAUCACUCGUGCCUUCUGAGCCCUCGCAUUGUAAAAAAAAGACCGCCCAAAGAUAACCCCCGCACCCCUCAGG